CAAACUUCUACAAAGAUAAGUUUACAAAUUGACAUGGAAUAUGAGGUGGCAUUUUAUUAAUUAAAAAAUUCAUUAAAUCUUCCUCAACUGCACUGCUCUAGCCAAGUCACAGAGAUCCGGCAACCAUAGGACACCGGCGAGAAAAAGAUCUGGCGACAGAGAUCCGGCGACAGAGAAAGAGAGAGAGGAAGAGAGAUCAGGCCGGAAACUCACGCACACCGGCCAGAUCUCUCUCUGUCGCCGGUGGUGUCUGGGUCAGGGUCGGGAGCGCCGGGUCUCUCUUGCCCUCGCCGAAGCUCUCUCUUUCGCCGGUGGUCGGGAUCUGGGUAGACGGUCGGAUCUCUUUGUUGCUGGUGUUGGGGGUCUGGGUCGGGAGCGCCGGUCUGGGUAGACGGCCGGAUCUCUCUGUUGCCGGUGUUCGGGGUCCGGGUUGGGAGCGCCGGAUCACCACGUCGCCGACCACCCCGUGAACUCGCCGGAUCUCUCUUUCCUUCACCGAUCGAGGAUCAAUCCUAGCUUGUAAACGGUAAGCAAUGGAGAGGCAGGUGGCGAUUAUCGGAGCCGGCAUCAGUGGCCUCCUGGCUUGCAAGUACACCUUGUCAAAGGGUUUCCAUCCGAUCAUUUUUGAAGCCAAAAACACCAUCGGAGGAGCAUGGACUAAAACCAUAGAGACCACUAAGCUGCAAACUCCAAAAGCAGCAUAUCAGUUCUCAGAUUUUCCAUGGCCUUCUUCAGUGGAGGAAGGGUUCCCCAACCAACAUCAAGUUUUUGACUAUAUUCAGUCUUAUGCUCGCCAUUUUGAUCUGCUUAAGCAUAUCAAAUUCGACACCAAAGUUGUGAGCAUCGAGUAUGAAGGCCCGCCGGAGGAACAGAUGCAAUCUUGGAGCAUGUGGGGUGGCGCCGGUGAGCCAUUGGUCAGCUCUAAAGGGAAAUGGAAGGUUGUAGCAGAGGAUUCCCCUACUCUUUCCACUGAGGUGUACCUAGUGGACUUCGUGAUCCUCUGCAUCGGGAGAUUCAGUGACGUUCCAAACGUUCCAGAAUUCCCUCCAAACCAAGGCCCAGAAGUAUUCCAUGGCAAGGUGAUACACUCCAUGGACUACGCUGCCAUGGAUUAUCAAAGUGCUGCCGAAUUCGUCAAAGGGAAGCAAGUCACUGUUGUGGGGUUACAAAAAUCUGCCUUGGACAUUUCUACCGAAUGCUCAAUAGCUAAUGGCACUAAACAUCCAUGUACUGUAUUAUACAAGACAGAACAUUGGAAUGUCCCUGAUCACCUUCCAUGGGGCGUGCCUCUGGCUAAUUUUUACCUUAAUCGCUUCUCAGAGCUGUUGGUUCAUAAACCUGGUGAAGGCUUCCUAUUAAGUCUAGUGGCAACAACUCUUUCUCCUUUGAGAUGGGCAUUCUCUAAAUUCGUUGAAAGCUAUAUAAAGAAGAAACUUCGGCUGGCAAAGUUUGGAAUGGUACCAAAACACAGCUUCCUUCAAGAAAUCAGUUCCUGUUUGAUCUCCACAGUGCCAGAAAAAUUCUAUGACAACGUUGAAGAGGGAAGCAUCGUUUUGAAAAAAGCUACGAGCUUCAGCUUCUGCAAAGAAGGUGUUUUGGUUAAUGGCGAGGUGCAACCUCUGAAGACUGAUUUGGUCAUCUUGGCUACUGGGUUCAGGGGUGAUAAAAAGCUCAAAGAUAUUUUUGUGUCCACCACCUUUCAGGACUAUAUAGCCGGAUCCCCCAAUGCAGCAGUUCCCCUCUACAGGGAAUGCAUUCAUCCAAGAAUUCCACAGCUAGCAGUGAUUGGAUUCUCGGAAAGUGUUUCAAACUUGUACACGUCGGAGAUGAGAUGCCGGUGGCUAGCAGAGCUUCUCGACGGCACAUUCAAGCUGCCGAGCAUUAAAGAGAUGGAAAAAGAUGUGGGUAGUUGGGAUAAAUACAUGAAGACAUACUCUGGGGAAUACUACAGGAGAUCCUGCAUUGGUGCUCUUCAUAUAUGGUACAAUGAUCAACUCUGCAAAGACAUGGGAUGGAACCCCAAAAGAAAGAAGGGAUUCUUCGCUGAAUUAUUUGAGCCUUAUGGUCCAUUGGACUACGCCGCACCCUCUUAAACCAGGCACCAGUUGCCAGUAAUAAAAGCAUUCAAAAUGAACUUAUAAAUUCCUUACGGUAUGCAUUUAUAACAAAAUGAUCAUUUCCUAGUGAAAAAUCAGCCAUUAGAUUAGCACUUGAAAAAAAUAAAAAAUUAAUAACUGAUUUAAACUACUACAUCAUUCAAGUUAUAUAACAAUCGUAUAACAGUAGACUAAGUUACAUUACUCUUAAUUGAAUUAUCAAUGUUAAUCCUAUAUCUGGUAAGGUCAUGUUUUGGUAUGAAAGAAUGAAGGCAAUUGACUAAUAAGAAGAGAUGAAUUUAAUCAUUUAAUUUAUACGUUAUGUUAUAAAAUAUGCAAACGAACCGGCAGUUAUAUGAGAAGUUUGGGCAAAGAAAGCAGCAAUCUCCGUCAAACGAUGGCAUUAUCGCCGGUGGAAGCAAAGUGAGGGCAUUGAGGAUGGUUUCUAUUCGAACGAAGAACGUGGGAAGAGGGUGAGAUGGUUGGCAUUUAUAGCGAGGUGAUCGAUGGAGAGGGAUAUUUUUGUUUAUGUGGUUCUUAAUAUCUUUUGGACUUUUUCAAAUUGAUAGGGAUCGAUUAUAUUUAUCUUCUUCUUUCUUUUCUUUGUCUA